AUGAGUUCCGGUGGCGGCAGGGGCAAGCCCAAGGGGACCAAGGCUGUGUCGCGGUCGUCCAAAGCCGGACUGCAGUUCCCCGUCGGCCGCAUCGCCCGCUACCUUAAGACGGGCAAGUACGCCGAGCGCGUAGGCGGCGGCGCGCCCGUCUACCUCUCCGCGGUCCUCGAGUACCUCGCGGCAGAGGUCCUAGAGCUAGCGGGCAACGCGGCGCGCGACAACAAGAAGAACCGGAUCGUGCCGCGCCACAUCCAGCUCGCUGUGCGCAAUGACGAGGAGCUGAGCAAGCUUCUGGGUGCGGUCACUAUAGCCGCCGGCGGGGUGUUGCCCAACGUCCACCAGACGCUGCUGCCCAAGAAGGCUGGCGGCAAGGGUAAGGCCGAGAUCGGCUCCGCCUCGCAGGAGUUCUAG